AUGCCGAAUCAGGUGGCGAAAGUGAAGAGGGAGACAAUUACAGCAUGCAUGACUUGUCCGCUUUGCCAUAAGCUCUUCAGAGACGCCACCACCAUCUCUGAAUGCCUUCAUACGUUUUGCAGGAAGUGCAUAUAUAAUAAGAUUUCGGACGAGGAACUAGAAUUCUGUCCAAUAUGCAAUAUCGAUCUGGGUUGUGUACCACUGGAGAAAUUAAGGCCAGACCACAGUUUGCAAGAUGUAAGGGCUAAGAUUUUCCCUUUUAAGAGAAGAAAGGUAAGGGCACCUGAAGUUAUGCCUUCAGCUACAUUACCUGCUAGAAGAAAGGAGAGAUCUCUCUCGUCAUUGGUGGUCAGCACUCCCAGAGUGUCAACCCAGGCUACCAUGAUGACUGGAAGGAGAACUAAAGCUGUUGCGAGAAAGGCUUCUGCUUUACAGGGAUCUAGUUUUUUGGUUGAAAGGCCUAUAAAGAAAGAGGAAGAUUCCGCUGCGGAAGAUCAUCCAGAGCGUUUCAGCUCACCCGAGGCCUCAAAUAAGUCUGGUCAAAAUAACAGGCAGAGUUCUUUCUCUGCCGAGCCUAGCAAAUCUGUACCCAUUAAAGAAACUGAGAAUGGUGGUGAAGCAAGGGAAGGGAAAUUGGAUCUUUGGAAACCAUUAAAUUUUUUGGUGGAAGUUGCAAAUAGGACCAAGUCUCACAAAUCCAAUUCACAAGGGUCUGAUAAUAAAGUAGAACCGGUGCAUGUUAUCGCCAGUGAAUCUCAGGUUCGAAAACCCAAAAAUAAGGAAAAUAAACAGAAAUCAAAAGUCGAGGAUGACAAAAAUAGCACUUAUCCUAUCUCUCCAGAAACAGUAAAGCCUAAGAAGCUGCGUAGGGUUCGCCGAAAGAGAGAAGCAUUUGGAGAAUCAAGCAUUUCACCCCAAGCUGUUCUGGAUGCAGCCAUUGGCAAACAUGAAAGAAGAGUUGGUCCAAUUUGGUUCUCACUUGUAGCUUCUGAAGACCAGGAAGAUGAACCCUUGCCGCAAAUUCCUACAAAUUACUUAAGAAUAAAAGAUGGAAAUGUGCCUGUUUCGUUCAUCCAGAAGUACCUAAUGAGGAAGUUAGAUCUCACCAAUGAAGCUGAGGUUGAGAUCAAAUGCAUGGGACAACCAGUGGUUCCCACAUUGCAGAUGUAUAACUUAGUCGACUUGUGGCUACAAACAUCAUCACCUUCACAACGAAUUACUGCAUCCAUUGGUUCCUCUGCAAAAGAUUUUGUGAUGGUGCUCGCUUACUCUCGAAAGGUCUCAAACUCCUAA